AUGAGCCAAACAAUUAAUAAGUUAUUUUAUUUAUCUGCUAUAGCUAAUCAUAAUAGAAAUAAUGAUUCAAAAAAUAGUUGGAAUAAAAUCAAAAUAGUCAUCUAUUUUAUCUAAGUAAUUUCAUUAUUGUUUAUUGAUAAUUUCAACAUUUAUUUUGACAAUUACAUUUUGCUAUUAGCUUAAUUCAUAACAUUUCAGCAAAUUUAUAAUUCAUAUUAUCAGAUUCUUGUUCUAAUUGCAAUUUUAAUGAUUCACUUGAUCAUUCUAUUAAUGAUCUCAUUCUUACUCAAUAUUGUAACAUAUUAAUAUUUAUAGGAAGAAAAAUAAUAUAAUCAUUAACAUUCUAUCAUUUUACUUUGAAAAUUAUGACUGGCUUUUUUUCAUACCUUCUUAAAUAUUAUGCUUUAUCAAUUAGAAUUUUGUAAUUACUGUAUUAAGCAUUUUAGUAUUGUUUUUUAGCGUAUUUCAAUAUCUCAUAAGCAUUUAUAUAUUUCGUAAUUCAGGCUUCUAAACCUAAAAUGGGAGAUCUAAAUAUAUAACUAUUGAUUUAAUUUACUUACUUACUUUUGAGUCUAUCAUAUUUUUAAGGGCUUCAAAUUUAUCAAUUAUUUCCAUAUUAAAAUUCUUUUUGGUGAUUGCUAUUAUUUUAUUGAAAAUAUUUGAAUUUUUAACUAUUGAAAAGUUUAGUGAUAAAUCCGUUUAGAGUUUUUAUCAAAUAUUCAUCAUUAUUACCUUUGCAUUCAUUGUUCAAGAAAUUUUGAUUCACCUAUUAAAUUAUAAAUCAGAUCCUUAUUUAUAUACAAUUUUACUGCUAUUUCCAGUAUUAUAUGAUUCUAUUUUAGUUAUUGAACUUUUUUUAUGUAGUCGAUAAAUCCCAUAGGUUAGAUGCAGAAUAUUUUUAUUCAAAUACAAUUUAAAAAUUCAAUCCCUAAUGUUAAAUUAAAGCAUAUCAAUAAAUUUUAUUUCAUAAAAGGCAAUGUUUAAAUCUUGUUUGUCCAUGUAAAACAGAUAUAAGACUUGAAAAUAAAUAAGAUAUUAUUAAAUUCACUUCUUAAAUUUUGAAGUUAGAAUAAUAAUUUUGUUAUUUAAAGUAUAUAUCAUUUUAAAUUAAAUAUAAUAACAAAGGAUUUAAAAAUUAUUUGUAAAUUAUGAAAGUUGUAAAAUAAUAAAAAGAAAUUUAAUUUUCUUACUAUGAUAAAAAAGUUAUUGAAUCUCUUUUAGUAAUAGUUUGUGAAAAAACAAAGCAACUAUAUAAAGAGAUUAUUCCAAACAAAUUUUCAGAAGUUGUUUAUUCACUCUAAUGGUUUGAAUCAAACUGUGAAAAAAUAAAAGGUUAAUUAGUAAUUUUAUUAAAUGUAAAGUUGUAAUUAUGGUCAUAAUAUGUUACUGAUAAAAUUGAAUCUUAUUAAGAUAUGUUUGAAAUGUAAAUGAAAAUAUCAUAUGAAAUUAAGAAAAUUAAAAAAGACUUACAAUAGUUCUAACAUGAUAUUUCAGUUUUUCUAAAUUAAGAAAUAAAUUUAAAACAAAAUUUAUUUUAUUAAAGAGUAUCUUAAAUUUUAGAAUUAUCCUUCUAUUCAGUUAAUUAAUAUUUAUUAAUCGAAAAGCAAAUAAAGAAAAUAAUUGAAUCCGAAUAAGGUCAAGGAGACUUGUUGAAUUAUCAAAUGUUUGAAAAUUAAAAAGCAAUGCAACUUUUAGUAGUUAUUUCUAAAUAACAACGAGGAAGAAUUGAAAAAGUUUCAAAUAAAUGGUUAAAUAUUAAUAAAAUAGAGAAUUUAGCAAAUAUUAUGCCUUUAUAAUUUAUUGAGAUACAUAACCAAUUAUUAGAUAAUUAUUGUAAAUUUGGACCCACAAAAUCAUAAAUAUUUUAAACCUUUAUAAAAUAUGGAGAAACACCUUUAGUUUCCAAAGUUAAAAUAUGUCUUAAUAAUUAUCCAAAAUAUGAUUAGGAAUUGUUAUAUUUGAUGGGAACUCUUGUAAAAGAAAAUAUCGAAGAGGAUUAAGAUUAUCUGUUGAUUGGAUAAGAUUUUUAAAUUCUAGGAUAUUCAGAAUAAUUAUGGUUUAAAAUAUUUUAACAUAUAAAAUUUUAAGAUGAUAUUUAUGAGUUAUGUAUUUUUUAAAUAAUCCCAGAAAUAAAAAUAAUGCUAAAAGAACAUUAUGAAAAUAUGCUAAAAUACAAUUUUUCAUUUUAAAAUCAUGAAAAAAUGAUAAGCCAUUAACAAAAAGCUGUUUUAUAUUUAAAUAAGAAUAUGGUUGGAUCUAAACAAAUAAUUGAUUCAAACUCCUAUUUCUAAUUAUCACCUUAAGAAAGAAUUGAAAAAAUUCAUUAAUUAUCUAAAAUUUAUAAGGAUUUUGAAAAAAGUGAGUUUUAAUUGAAUUUAAUGUUUAGUUUAAGCGAAAAUUUAAUUAAUUUCCACACAAAAGAUAAAAAUAUUAAUUUUAUUUACUAUUGGAUUACUUUUAAUUUCUAAGAAACAAACACAUUUCUUGAUAAAUAAUUUAAUUAAUAAUUUUCUUAUGAAAUUUAAGUUUAUGAGGAAAAUAAAAUUAAAAAGAAUGAGUAAAAUUAUUAAUUCAUAUUAGAUUUAUUUAAGUAAAGAUAAAUUAAAGUAUUGCAAGAACUUCCUCGUCAAAUCAAAAAAGCAAUUCAGAAAUUCAAUCAUUUGAGUCAAUAAUAAACAUUGUUAGUUAAUUGACAGCUUAUAGAUUAUUAAUGCUACUUUCUAUGGUAUAUGUUUUAAUUACAAUUAUUUCUUUUAUUUUACUUUAUUAAUAAAUUUAGAAGAAAGAAAUUUAAUAAACAUAGUGUUUUGAAUAUCUUGAUUACAGUACUUCAUUUCUUGAUGGAUAUGGAAGAGCUAUGAUUGCUUCAAGACAUGUAAUUUAUCUUAGAGAUUUCAAUAAAUUUUUGUCUUCAUCUAAUUUAUAUUCUGUUGAUUCUUCAAAAACUAUAAAUGUGACAUCGGUAGAUAAAAUAUCCUUUUCACUAUAUAUUUACAAGUAAUCAAUAGAAGAAUUAAUAUAAUUUUAUCAAUUAGAAUUAGAUAAGCUUAAGAUUUAUGAUUAGUAAAAUUAAACAGUUGAUUUAAUAAGAAUCAAUUUUUAUAGAAAUUAGACAGAAAUUUAAACAAUUUAAUCUUUAUCAUAAUAUUAUAAAAUAAUGCUACAAACAUUAUAUAUGGCAAUAAAAAGUUUUGCUAGAGAUCCAACAUUAUAUUUAAUUGGAACCACAGACACGUAUGCAUAGUAAUAAUAUAUUUAUUUUUUAAAGAGUCAAUACAAGAUCUAUAUUAUAUUUUAAUUUCAAAAGGGUUGCAAAUAUUACUUUGAAUUUUAUGAGACAAUGUUAGAUUGAUGAUUAACUAAUUAAUUAAAAUUUAGAUUAAAGUUUCAAUGCAUUGUUGAUAAUAAUUUAUUCAAUUAUUUUAUUACAAAUAGUACUUUUUGUAAUAUUAUAUUCUGCUAUUAAAAAGAAAUAGAGAUUUGUUUUAUCCUUAUUUUGUCGAACAAGUUUGAAUGAAGGAAUAGAAGAGAUAACAUUAAUUUAAAAACUUUUAAGUAUCGUUAAGAAUUCAAAGCUUUGGUUUGGUUUAUAUUAAUACGCUGAAGAAGAUGAGAAUAAAAUAAGUAGAUCAUAUAAUGGUAAAGUGAUGAAAUCUCAUAUAUCUCAUCAUUUAUCAUCUCGAGUACUUUUAAAGAUGAUAAUUCCAUUACUUAUAGUAUCAUAUGGAUCAUUUCUGACUUUACAUAUGAAUUAUGUUGAUUAUUCAAUUAAUUUGUCUCCUAUUGUGACUGCUGCUCUUAAGACAUAAUAUAUUCGACUAUUAUUUUUAGAUACAAUCAAUAACUGGGAUGUAUACGUAAAUAAGAAAUUCUAUGAAGCAAUGAUAGCAAUUCAACCCACAGCAUCUGGUAGAUUUGUCAUUAUGAGUUAAAAUAUUAAACAUGGAUAUUAAUUACUCAGACUUAUAAAUGUAGAUGAAGAGAAUUUAAAAGCCAAUCUAUAAGAAUUGUAAAGUGAACCAUUUUCACAUAUGAUUUAUUCACAAACUUUAGAAGUUAAUUCAGAUAGUCUUUUAGGUAAAGAUCUUUGUUUGAUGCAAAUAUUUAAUUGCAAUAUGAAUGAAACUGUUUAUAAAGAAAGAGUUCACUUUUAGUAAAUGUAUUCAAUUUAUGAAGUUGGAAUUAUUAAUUUAUUUAAAUAAUCUGUUUCUGUGAUGAACUAAAAUGAUUUUUUUAAUUUAAAUGACAAUUAUGAAAUUAUCAAAGCUUUUGAAAGAUUAGAAAAAUCUUAAGAUUACUAUUUUUAUUUUCUAUGGGGAUUCGAUGCUUUCUUAUAUUAAAUGAGAUUGUUUUCAGAAUUCUUUAUUAACCUCUCUAAAAAUCAGCUGGUAGAUCUAUCCUUUAAUAUUUAUAUCCUGUAUUACAUAUUUUCUAUAGCAACCAUUUUAGCACUCAUAUUGAUUUUGUUAAUUGGAAAUAUUGCAAUUCAAAAAGAAUUUAUUCUUACCUUAGAAAUGCUUUAUCAAAUUCCUAAACAAACAAUUAUUAAUAAAUAAUUGGGUAGAUAAAUUAAACUUUUAUGA